AUGUCGCCGCCCUCUUCGCCGCCCUCUUCGGCUUAUUCGCCGCCGAUUUCUUAUUCGCCGCCGCCACGGCUAUCUCCGUGGCGCGGCGUCUCCGUGGACACGAUCCUCGCGCAGGCGGGCGGCGACGCGCUCGGACUCCCACACGCCGCGUCGACGCUCCUCGGCGACGCCACGGGCUCUCUCGUCCCUCCCAUCUUCCCGUCGACGACGUACGCGCGCGACGCGGAGACGUACGCCCCGCGCGUCCUCCCGUCGCAGUUGGUCUACUCGCGCCCUGAUAACCCCACGUACGCGCGAUGCGAGCGCGUCCUCGCCGCGCUCGACCGCGGCGUCGACGCGAUGCUGUUCGCGUCCGGGAUGGCCGCGGUCUCCGCGGUCGCGCACGCGACGUGCGCGCGCGGCGACCGACUCGUGUGCCCGCGGCGAUGCUACUUCGCGGUGCGCGCGUUCUUCCAGGCGCACUGCGAGCGGUUCGGGAUCGAAUUCGCGCUGUACGAUCAGGCGCGUUCUAUGCACUGGUCCCCAUACGACCGCGUCCGCGUGGUGGACGCCACCGCGGAGGGCGACCUGGAGCGCGUCAUCGGCGAGGAUAAGAAGACCAAACUCGUGUGGGUGGAGACGCCCGCGAACCCGACGUGGGAGCUGACGGACAUUCGACGCGCGGCGGAGGCGACGAGGAAGUUUGGGGCGAAAGACGCGGCGCUCGUCUGCGACGCCACCGCGCUCACGCCCGUCGUGUGCCGUCCGAUCGAGUACGGCGCGGAUUUCACGUUGCACAGCGCGACGAAGUAUCUCAACGGGCACAGCGACGUCGUCGCGGGCGCGGUCGUCGCCGCGCGAGAGAGCAAGGUAUGGGACGAGAUGAAACGGCAGCGGACGAUGAGCGGCGCGGUGUGCUCGCCGUUCGACGCGUGGUUGCUCCUGCGCGGAUUGCGGACGUUACACGUGCGCGUCGAGAGGCAGUGCGCGACGGCUCUCAGGUGCGUUCUAUACACUGCCAAUUAUUUAUACGGCGGGAUGCUCUCCAUACGCGUCAAGGGCGGCAAGGACGCCGCGCUGCGCGUCGUCUCGCGCCUCAGACUGUGGUGCCCCGCGACGUCGUUGGGCGGCGUCGAGAGCCUCGUGGAGCACCGGUACACGGUGGAAGGACCCGACAGCGGCGUCCCGGACGACCUUCUGCGGCUGUCGUGCGGGCUCGAGGACGCGGCGGAUCUGUACGAGGAUCUGCGGCGGGCGCUGGACGCGGAGGCGGAUAGAGAAUGGGUGAAAGAGAAAGGCGGCGGCGGAGGGAAGCGCGCAAAGAGAGAGUGA